AUGGCUGAAGAAAAUCGCUCCGCUCCACAGGCGGAUUUCAAUGCGCUCAGUCUCGCAUUUCGUCCUGCUGCCGAUGAAAUCAAGAAACUACCAAACCUGCCCGCAAUUGCUAGUGGCGAAAGCAUUCUUAGUGAGCUUCGGCAAAUGAGAAACGAAACUAGAGAACAAUUCGCCCGUCUUGAACAGCGAAUUACAACCCGUCUUGAACAGCGAAUUACAGCUUCCCAUCAGGGUCUUCUUACCGUCCUGAGCACAAUCGAUCUCAACAGUGCCGCCCGAGUCCAAAAUACCUAUCUUUCUAGUCCAUCUGAUCGGCUUUCGCCAUUCCUCAACCCAUUGACCGGCGCUAUCAUUCCUACAUUUCCUACUACACCUGCAGAGAUUGGGCGGAUGGCGGAGCACGAUGUGGAUGCUAUCUUACAACAGCUGGGUCUACAAGCUGCUCCGGCUGCUACAAGUCUAGCAAUGAAGAAGAGACGAUUGAGAGUGCACAUUGGCUUGAGAUCACAAGUUGAGACGAGUGCAUAA